AUGGGAGCUCAAGGCCUUGAAAUAGUGCGCUUUCGCGGGCGUUACUACGUUUACUACCACCACAUGGACAGCUACUACGAGCGUCUGGGGGCCCGGAUUGUUGACAGAAUCCCCAUCGACCCCAAGGGAUACCAAGACUGGCUGAAGUCCAUGCGUGCCGAAUAUGCAGCUAAAGAACACGCCCUUGAACGCCAUGUCUAUGAGAUGCGCGAUGGCGUCAAGCCCGACUAUUCGCUGUUCGACGAGCUCGAGGAACUUCCCUCCGAGUUGCCGAAAUUUCCCACAGCUAUCGACCCCGACUUCUUUUACAUCAUCAACCUCGACCGUGAAGUCCUCACCAUGGACUACAGCGUACACUGGAAGCUUGGGAAUAUCCCCCGCCAGGACGACCUAUGGCUCCGCGCUAUUGUGGACAGCAUCUUUUGGAAGUGGCCCACCAUUUCCCUCGAUAUCUGCCCGGAAGAGCAUAUGGCCUCGCCGGCUUUGGCGCUUCCUGAGAAACAUAAGGGGAUUAGGUACAGCUAUCGCGUUGUAACGCCGAAGACAAAUCUUGCAGACGCGCGGAAGGUAUUCCUCACCAAUGUCAUGGCUACCACGCCCGUCCAAUACGAGGACGCGAUUAUCAACUUUGGGAUGGAGUGGAGCCCGGACUCGUUCCCCUUUCGCGAGCUGGUGUUUGCUCUCGUCUCGAUUGCGUCUGGGCACGCCAGCUUCCAUUCUUUCCCGCCUCACCUGUGUAACCCUCAGCAUUGCGCAUCAUUGAACUGCACAUACAACCACUUGCCCAAGUCGCCUGGAUGGCUUGACAAAGAGUGGGCCGGCGAUGCAGCGCCAUUGCGGGAAUUCGGCUCCAUGGCCCAUAGACCAGGCGACCCUCCAGGGGCAUCGCCCACGGAGACAAUGUAUUGGGUUGAGGAUGUGCUUGUUAGCCUUGUACUGGUGGUGGAUGGAAAGGCCAUUACGAACGCCGGUACCUGGGGCAUUGGGCAGGGAAGGACAAAUUUCCAGCUUGUUAUUCUGUCGCUUUUCGACGUCUCCUUUGCGGAGGUUUCCUUUGGUGAUGGUGGUGGCGAACCUCUUGUCAAGGUCACCAAGCCCGUUUAUCUCUCACCCCUGCGCGCAGAUCAUUGCUUAAGCACACAUCCGCGCAUGCGGCCGGAGCUAAAGCCAGGGAUGAAGUAUCAGCGCCCUGCGUUCCUUACAGACAGAGGGCGCCCAGGGACAAGACGCAGACUCCAAAGGCGGUUCCCGGGGCUCGCGGCGCUCGUCAACUUCUUCGACGCUGCUGCAAAACGCCGCGCAGCAUCCAAGUCACCAGGUAUCCUCCCGCCGGAGCUAUACAGUAUGAUUCUGGAUUUUACCGACUAUGGAACCUGGAAGGCCUGCUCGAUGGUGUCAACGGCCUUUCGUUCUCUGUGCCUCCGCAAGUACAGGCUUGACGACCGCAUGAGGAUCGCAGCAGGGCCUUUUGUUAGGCUGCAGGAGAUCAAUGGGCACCGGCAUCGUCUGCUAUCCUUUGACUUUGAAAAUAUACUUACGGGUGAGGUCCUUCCAAUGAUACAGGAUGUUCUUCGUCAUGGGACGAACGAGUACAACUGGAUGCCUGUUAUUGGCGGCGACCGGAGAGUACUUAUGUCGGACGUCGUCAUGCAGUACGAACUGGCGGAGGAUAUGCCAGUCGAGGCUGAGGUUGAUGGUGAACAGUAG